AUGGCUGAUUCACAUGAACCAUCAUCAUCUUUGAGUUUCACUUCAUCUUCAUAUACAAAUGGGUCACAGAGUUGUAACAUGUCCCCCUCGUCUAUCUCUGACCCAAUGCCUAGUCUUGAAGUGAUCAGUUUAAACAAGCUCAGCUCUAAUUUGGCACAGCUUUUGAUUCAUGAUGGUUGCGAUUAUACUGACGCGGAUAUUGUUGUCGAGGGUGUUCCAGUUGGUAUUCACCGAUGUAUUUUGGCUGUUAGGAGUAGGUUUUUUCAUUAUCUUUUUCAGAAAGAUGAAAAACCAGCAAUGAAAGAUGGUAAACCACAGUAUCAUAUGAAUGAGUUGUUGCCUUAUGGCAAGGUUGGACAUGAGGCCUUCUUGAUAUUGUUGAGUUACUUAUAUUCUGGAAAGCUUAACUCAUCUCCAGCAAAUGUGUCAACUUGUGUCGACAAUUCAUGUGCCCAUGAUGCCUGUGGACCUGCUAUUGAUUUUGCAGUGCAAUUGACUUAUGCAUCAUCCAUAUUUCAAAUACCCGAGCUAGUUUCAUUGUUUCAGCGACAUCUACUUAACUAUGUUGUGAAGGCUUUAGUGGAAAAUGUCAUCCAAAUCCUAGUGGUAGCUUUCCACUGCCAAUUGAGCCCUCUUGUCACCCAAUGCAUUGAUAGAAUAGCUCGAUCUGAUCUCGAUUGUGCUUCCCUCGAGAAAGGACUUCCGUAUGAGGUUGCUGAAAGGAUUAAAUUGGUCCGGCUUAAGUCUCGGGGUGGUGAUGAGCAAAACCUUGUUGCUGAUAGUCCUCGUGAUAAGAAAAUCAAGAAAAUAUGCCUGGCAUUAGAUUCAGACGAUGUUGAACUCAUGAAACUACUUUUAUCUGAAUCUGAUGUAACCCUAGAUGAAGCCAAUGCCCUGCAUUAUGCUGCAGCAUACUGCGAUCCAAAGUCUCUGACUGAGGUUCUUAAUCUGAAUAUAGCUGAUGUAAACCUACGAAAUUCACGUGGUUAUACCGUCCUUCAUGUUGCUGCAAUGCGUAAGGACCCGUCGGUGAUAAUGUCCCUUCUUAACAAGGGAGCUUGGGCAUUUGAUUUGACACCAGAUGGUCGAACUGCUGCAAAUAUCUGUCAGAGGUUAACAAGGCCAAAGGAUUAUCAUGCUAAAACAGAGAAGGGACAGGAAACAAACAAAGACCGUUUGUGCAUUGACAUUUUAGAGAGAGAAAUGUGGAGGAAUCCAACCUCAGAUUCUUCCAUUCUUUCCCUGGCGAUGGCUGAUGAUGUGCACAUGAAGUUGAUUUACCUGGAAAACAGAGUAGCAUUUGCACGAUUACUCUUCCCAUCCGAGGCCAGGCUAGCUAUGGACAUUGCAAAUGCUGACACAACUUCUGAGUUUGUUGGUCUUUCUAUGCCCAAAAAUUCAAAUAAAAAUUUGAGGGAAGUUAAUUUAAAUGAGACACCAAGUGUACAGAACAAAAGAUUUCUUUCCAGAAUGCAGGCUCUUUUGAAAACAGUGGAGAUGGGUAGACGAUUCUUUCCUAACUGCUCGGAAGCACUGGAUAAGUUCGUGGCGGAUGACCUUCCUGAUCUAUUUUACCUCGAGAAGGGCACAGUCGAAGAGCAACGGAUUAAACGCAAGCGUUUCAAGGAGCUUAAAAACGAUGUUCAGAAGGCAUUUGACAAAGACAAGGCUGCCAAGCUGAAUCAAUCUGGGUUGUCACCAUCAUCCUCCUCGACAUCGUUGAAGCAUGGUACCAAUCAUAGGAACGUUAGGAGACAAUAA